CACACAAUAAACCAAUAAUCCAAGCAGGAGAUAAGAGAUGGAAUCCUUUUCUGUUUCCAUCAAGCCCCAUGCUGUUUGCAUACCAUUUCCAGCCCAAGGCCACCUAAACCCCAUGAUGAAACUAGCCAAACUCCUCCAUUUCAAAGGCUUCCACAUAACUUUUGUCAACACAGAGUUCAACCAUGGACGCCUGCUCAAAUAUUCUAGAGGUGCGGCUGCCCUUGACAGCUUUCCGGAUUUCCAAUUUGAAACCAUUCCUGAUGGCCUACCUCCGCCACAAAUCGAAGGACAACAAGAUGUUCCUGCUCUCUGUGAGUCCACUAGCAAGAACUGCUUAGUCCCAUUCCGAAACCUUCUUGAUAGACUCAACUCUACUGAAGGCUGCCCUCCGAUUUCUUGUAUUGUUUCCGAUGGGAUCAUGAGUUUCACUCUUGAUGCUGCAAAGGAAUUAGGGAUCCCUGAAGUUUUGUUCAUGACUUGGAGUGCCUGUGGUUCCUUGGGCUACAUGCUCUAUAAACCUCUCAUUGAUAGAGGUCUUACGCCACUAAAAGAUGAGAGCUAUUUGACGAAUGGCUAUUUGGACACUGUUAUUGAUUGGACUCCAGGGAAAAACAUCCGUUUAAGAGACCUUCCGAGUUUUAUUCAGACGACAAAUCAAGAUGAUUUCUUGUUAAAGUUCGUGGUGUCAGUGCUAAUUGAGAGAGUACAGAGAGCUUCUGCCGUUAUCUUCAAUACUUUUCAUGAAUUUGAGCAUGACGUUAUUUCUGUCCUUACGUCCAUGCUCCCUCCAAUUUACACCAUCGGCCCUCUUCAAUUGCAGCUCAAUCAAAUCCUCCAGACACAUUUAAGAUCCAUCAAUUCCAAUCUCUGGAAGGAAGAACCCGAAUGCCUCCAAUGGCUUGACUCAAAGGAACCAAAAUCCGUUGUUUAUGUGAACUUCGGCAGCGUCACUGUCCUGACUGCAGAGCAAUUGGUGGAGUUUGCUUGGGGACUAGCCAACAGUAAGCAAAGUUUUUUGUGGAUAACCAGGCCUGACUUGGUUAGGGGAGAUUCAUCCAUACUACCACCCGAGUUUCUCGAGGAAACUAAAGAGAGAAGCCUAAUGGUGAACUGGUGCUCACAGGAGGAAGUGCUAAACCACCCUGCUAUCGGAGGGUUCUUAACGCAUAGUGGUUGGAACUCAACCAUUGAAAGCGUUGGUUGUGGUGUACCAAUGGUUUGUUGGCCCUUUUUUGCUGACCAGCUGACAAACUGUAGGUAUGCUUGCACUGAAUGGGGAAUUGGCAUGGAGAUUGAUGGUAAUGUGAGGAGGGAUGAAGUGGAGAAACUCGUUAGAGAGUUGAUGGAAGGGAAUAAGGGCAAGGAAAUGAGAAAGAAUGCCCAAGAGUGGAAAGGAAAGGCAGAAAAGGCGGUAAGUCCAGAAGGCUCUUCAUUCCUGAAUUUGGAAAAAUUGAUCAAGGAGGUCUUGCUGACGUAAAAGGAGAUUUACAAAGUGAGAUAAAUGAAUGAAUAAAGCUUAAAAGCAUGUACAAUGUAAAACUCUUUUCAGUGUUUUCUUAAUGUCAUAUCAUUACAAUUAAUAUUAAUUUAUAUAAAUUCAUAUUUUUAAA